AUGAACCUCAUUAUCGACCAUAUCUGUAUCCCGGCUCUUCUGACGAAACAAGCCCCCGUCUGGUCCGCAACAUCGCGACCAGCAAAGCCAAAAAGCGAAGAGCAAAUUACACUGCCGUCUUCAAUCGUCGUCCUUCGACAGUGGUCACUAAUCCAGGCUCGAGGGCACUAUGUUGGUCCGACUUCUGCCAUUAUCUCCACCGCCGCGUAUCUUGGAGCCUCGUUCUCAUUCAGCGGAUUUGGCCAGCUCGCUAUACGACUAGCAGCCUUGUCUGCGUUCUCUGUGAUGCCAUUCACAGUCAUCGGCAUCCUAGGUCUCAACGACGAGCUCAAUCUUCGAGCAGCCCGCUCAAUUGACGGUGACGAGGGCGAAAGCGAAACAACGGCUCUCAUAUCGGACAAGGCGCUGGCGACGGAGAAUUUGACACUCUUGCGGAAGUGGGUGGGGUUGAACGAUGUCCGGGCUAGUUUUGCACUUGUCAGCAUUGUCCUUGCGUUUCUGGCCAUCAUCAACCAGGGCUAG